AUGUCGGGCCCGGCCGCCCGCGCCUGCAGCCCCGCCGCGCCCGCCGGCCCGGCCCGGACGUCCCCUCGCAGCGAUCCAGCCCAGACACAGGUUCCGCCCGGGUUAAGCCCCCCUCCACCUCUGCCACCCUACGGUGUUCCUGUGGGGUACCACCAUCCAGGCCCCGAGAAAAUGGCCUCGUUGCCAGUGGACAGUCAGCACGGUGUUGGCUACUACUCUGGCCUCUACAUGGGACCCGCACACAACAUGGUGGCUGCCAGCCCUGCAUAUUCCCAGCCGGGGGCUCCUCAGGGGUACAGCCGGGGGCCCCUCAUGCCCACCUCGUCGGCCCCCCACCUACCUGCGGCUGCCCCCCAGCCCUACUGCACGUCGGUGAAUCACUUGAGUGGCCCAGCCGUGCCCUCUGCCAACUCCUCAGCUGCUUCUCAGGGACCUGCUGCCACCUCCGACCACUAUGCGAUGGCCCCGGGGGCCUCUCCGGCCCUGUAUUCCGGGGUGCCGCAGGCCUCUCUACCCGCUGGGGAUCCGUAUGGGCCCCCAGUGUUUACCUCACCAUGUGCGCCCACAAGCAGGACUCCCAGAGACUUGCCCUCGGCCACUCCGGGCCCAGCGCCUGGCCAUCCAGCCCCGGCCCGGCAUGCUCCCCAGCAGCAGAGUCCCCCAGGAACUACCCCGCACUCGUGGACAACGUCCAGCCCCGCUGUGGCCCACGACAGUCUCAUCCGCAACCACACGAGCUCCCUGGGCCCGGCCCGCAGCAGCCCAGCCAGUACCGAUUCUUUAUCCUGCUCCAGUAGCACAAAUACACAGCCCCCAAAUGCCAGCCCUUCGGUGCCCACUGUGUUCUCAGGGGUGUCCUCCUCAUGCGCACCUGCGGUCAGUGCCCCGGCCAGAAUGUCGGAGGUAGCACAGCAGAAAGGAAUUGGCUUGCAGUAUGGUGACUAUGUUAGUAACCGCGCUAGCUCCACAGCGACCCCCUUGUCAUCAACUUCCGAUGAUGAGGAAGAGGAGGAGGAGGAUGAGGAAGCAGGAAUCGCCAGCUCAUCCACCACGAGCAGCGCCUCUCCUGUGCCCAACAGCUACGAUGCCCUAGAAGGAGGCAACUACCCAGAAUUGCUUUCUUCCCCAGCCAGCAGCCCUGUUCCCGACCCUAACCCAGACCCGGAACCGCUGCUGGACACAGCCCCCAUGACUUCCCAGCCUUCCAAAAUGGCCAAGCCUUUCGGGUACGUGUACCCGACUCUGCAGCCUGGCUAUCAGAAUGCCCAAGCGCCCAUGGGCCCUGGAAUUCGGCCCAGCAACCCUGCGUACCCCAGCUUCCAGUAUGCCCAGCAGUAUCCGGGCCUGACCCAGCUCUCCUCUGGCCUGGGUGGUUUGAGCUUGCACAAUUCCCCCCCACCGGAAAGCCUGCGGCCUGUGAACCUCACCCAGGAGAGGGACAUCUUGCCCAGCACGCCCAUCUGGGCUCCUGUGCCCAACUUGAAUCUCGAGCUGAAGAAAUUAAACUGUAGCCCCGAUUCAUUUCGAUGCACUUUGACAAAUAUUCCACAGACCCAGGCUUUACUGAAUAAAGCGAAGCUUCCACUAGGACUGUUGUUACAUCCCUUCAGAGACUUAACGCAAUUACCUGUGAUAACGUCCAAUACCAUUGUGAGGUGUCGCUCUUGUCGAACAUACAUCAACCCUUUUGUGUCCUUCAUCGACCAGCGAAGGUGGAAAUGCAAUUUGUGCUAUAGGGUCAACGACGUGCCUGAAGAAUUCAUGUAUAACCCCCUCACCCGAUCUUACGGAGAGCCUCAGAAACGCCCAGAAGUUCAGAAUGCAACAGUGGAGUUCAUUGCUUCUUCUGAUUACAUGCUCCGUCCUCCUCAGCCUGCCGUUUACUUGUUUGUUUUAGAUGUUUCUCACAAUGCGGUGGACGCUGGAUAUUUAACUGUUUUGUGCCAGUCGCUAUUAGAAAAUCUAGACAAGCUUCCCGGGGACUCAAGGACCCGGAUAGGAUUUAUGACGUUUGAUAGUACUAUUCACUUUUACAAUCUACAGGAAGGACUGUCACAGCCACAAAUGUUGAUCGUCUCUGACUUAGAAGAUGUUUUUCUACCUACUCCAGAUAGCUUACUCGUGAAUCUUUGUGAAAGCAAAGAGCUUAUAAAGGACUUAUUAAACGUGUUACCGACCAUGUUCACUAACACACGAGAGACACACAGCGCACUGGGUCCUGCACUCCAGGCCGCCUGUAAGCUGAUGUCUGCCACAGGUGGCCGCGUGUCCGUGUUCCAGACCCAGCUGCCCUCGCUGGGGGCGGGCCUGCUGCAUUCCCGGGAGGACCCUAACCAGCGGUCCAGUACCAAGGUGGUUCAACAUCUGGGUCCUGCGACUGAUUUUUACAAGAAACUCGCUCUCGAUUGCUCGGGGCAGCAGACAGCAGUGGAUCUGUUCCUUUUAAGUUCACAGUAUUCAGAUCUGGCUUCUCUAGCCUGCAUGUCCAAGUAUUCUGCAGGGUGUCUCUACUAUUACCCUUCUUUCCACUGCACUCACAAUCCUCCACAAGCGGAAAAGUUACAGAAAGACCUAAAGCGAUAUCUCACUAGGAAAAUUGGAUUUGAAGCUGUCAUGAGAAUAAGGUGCACAAAAGGCCUUUCCAUGCACACUUUCCAUGGAAACUUCUUUGUCCGUUCUACCGACUUGUUAUCCCUUGCCAACAUCAACCCUGAUGCUGGGUUUGCAGUCCAGCUGUCAAUCGAAGAGAGCCUGACAGAUACUUCCCUGGUGUGUUUCCAGACUGCCUUGUUGUACACAUCAAGCAGAGGAGAGCGAAGAAUUCGUGUGCACACCCUGUGUGUGCCUGUGGUGAGCUCCCUGGCAGAUGUGUAUGCUGGGGUGGAUGUACAAGCCUCUGUCUGCCUGCUGGCAAAUAUGGCUGUGGACCGCUCAGUGUCGUCGAGCCUGUCAGAUGCCAGAGAUGCCUUGGUGAACGCCGUGGUGGACUCGCUGGCAGCCUAUGGUAGCACCACCUCGCACCUGCCUCGCACAACCCUCAUGGCCCCUGGCUCCCUCAAACUCUUCCCACUCUACAUUCUGGCCCUCCUCAAACAGAAAGCAUUUAGGACUGGUACGAGCACACGUCUGGAUGAUCGAGUGUAUGCCAUGUGUCAGAUCAAGUGCCAGCCUCUGGUCCAUCUCAUGAAGAUGAUUCACCCCAAUCUGUACAGGAUAGACAGACUGACUGACGAGGGCGCAGUGCACGUCAAUGACAGGGUCGUGCCUCAGCCACCUCUUCAAAAACUGUCUGCAGAGAGACUGUCAAGAGAAGGGGCCUUCCUCAUGGACUGUGGCUCUGCGUUCUACAUUUGGAUUGGGAAAGGCUGUGACUCUCACUUCAUCCAGGAUGUGCUCGGCUGUACAAACUUUGCGUCUAUCCCACAGAACAUGACAGAUCUCCCGGAGCUGGAUACACUGCCGUCCGAGAGGGCUAGGUCGUUCCUAGCUUGGCUCAGAGAGAACAGACCCCUCAGCCCGAUCCUGCACGUGGUUAAAGAUGAGAGCCCCGCCAAAACAGAAAUCUUCCAGCAUCUGAUUGAAGACCGGACCGAAGCUGCCUUCUCUUACCAUGAGUUUCUGCUGCAUGUUCAGCAGCAGAUUUGCAAGUGAAGCGGAACAGGACAGAUUCUGGAGAUAAAGUUCCAUCCAUUGCCUCUAGGUAGAGCAUAAUCAGCCAAGAAACCUGCCCAGGAAAUGGGGACAACAGGUGUUUGGCUCCGAACCUAAAGGGGUGGUGGGGCACACCCAGUCUAGGGCUCUGGUGAGUGGGAAAGUGGAGGCAGAAGGGGCUAGGUGCUCCCCAGCCUGGAUGAAGGCCACGGCCACCCUGCAGCUUCCCCUGCCCAGCCCUGAAGUGUCACCCCAUUCCCGCCUGCACAGCCACACAUGCCCCCUUUCUGCCACAGCGGGCACAGACUGGUGCCAUGCCAUGCAGGAGGGUGCAACCUUUUUUUCUUAGAAUUUAUAGAAUAUCUCUGAACUUGAGCUCUUACAAGAGAUGCCAAAAGGCAGUGGGACUGUGUUCAUCUGUUUACAGGAACCACUUUUUAACCAGGGAGUGAUUCUUACUGGUCAAAUGAAGUCACUAUUUUCCCUGUAUCAAAACACACACACAUACACACACACUUAUGCGCGUGCGUGCGUGUGAACAGAAUUUCAGAAAGUACAGGACCUAAAGAAAAAAGAAAUGUAUACAUAUAUAUAGUGUACAUAAAUGUUACAUUUGUAAAGACUGUAUAAAAAUGUAACUCUACAGUGUGCGCCCAGCUGACAACUUGGUUGCAGUUAGAGAAUGAGGUCGACUAAUAGUGAUGAGUACACAAAAGAGGAAACCCCACACUCUUUGUAAUUGCUAAAUCUUUUAUGUGGAUUUAUUUAUGAUCAGCCUACUAAUUAAAAAUAUUUUGCUUGACAUUG